GCUGUGGCUGCUACUCACGCUCACUUGCGCUCCUUCAGCACGCUGCACUCCGUUGACAUGGCCGAGGAACAGACGAUCCUUCCUCCCCAGCUGGAGAGGCUUUCCGCACUCAUUGACCAGAAGCCACAGGCACUGGCGGCCGGUGAUAAUGAACUCAAUGUGGAGGCACUGAAAGCUACAAAAUAUCUCUAUGACAUGGCUUUGAAGUCCGAGGCACAGUCAAGAGGACACAUUGCCGAGCUGCUGUCGUCCAUCUCUCCUUCCCUCGCGCCACAGACGCGCUCGCAGACCGCAGCUCACAAUCAGAAGUCGUCGUCUCACGAAGAUGCGCCGCAAUUCGAGUCUACGCCAUUGACGGAGCUCUUCACUGAAGGGAUGGACGACGACCAAAUUUGGUCUCAGCUGGAGCUCAGGGCUGAGAACGUUUGCCGUGCCUUACAAUAUGCGCUUGACGGAAUGGACGAAGGUCUCGAUGGUGAAGAGGAGGAGGAGGACAAUGAGGAGGAGGAGGAGGAGGAAGCGCGUGUCCAGAGGAUGAGGAAAGCGAUACUGAUGGGCGAGGACGACGACAUGGAGGACUUCGACGGCAUGGACGUCGAUAGUGAACAGGCGGAUGGUGAGGACAGUGACGAAGGCGAAUCCGAAGGAGAUGAGGACGAGGACGACCCGGAUGAGGACCUAGGUGAAGACGUCGUUGAGCUCCGCGACCCUUCGGACGACGACGACGAGGAAGAGGAAGAAGUCCACAGGGCCCCGCUUUACCUGGAUACAGAGGAGACCUCCUCCUUUCUCAACAGCAAGCGACCGCCAAAGCGAAAGGGGAAAAGUGCUGCCGGCCACCCAGAGCUGGAUGACGGUUUCUUUGACCUCGCGGCCUUCAACCGAGAGACAGAAGAAGCGGAGGCUAGGGCGGUGUCGAAAGGCAGACUUGGAAAGAAAGACAGCGACGACGAAGAUGAGACCAUGGAAGAUGUCGUUGACCUGUUCGCACCUGUUGAUGAUGCCGGUGAGGUGUUCGAGGAAGAGGAUUUAGAAGGUGGAAGCGGUGAACCAUUUUACAAGGACUUCUUCGAGCCCCCUGCUCGUGUUCCCCAGACAAGCGCGAAGAGCAAGGGUAAAGGCAAGGCAAAGGACACGGCACCUCGAGCAAGCGUCCGCUUCCACGACCAAGUCAGGGUCAAGAAGAUCAAAGCGAGGGGCAAGAACCUGCCCACCUCCUCGUUGUAUGCCCAGGAUGACGAUGAUGAAGAUGAUGGUGACGAAGACGAAGAAGACGGGGACUUCGAAUACAAUGAGGAAGAUGAGGACGACGAGGCCGACGAGGGUGCAUCCGACGAGUUCAUGCGUGAAGAUGACUCUGAAGGUGAUGGGGAGGAGGACGACGAAGACGAUGGGGAGGAGGGUAGUUUCGAAGACGACAGUACAGCGGUCGAGGGUGAGGACGGUGGUCUGGUGACGAUGGAGCGCUUCAAGGACGACCUGUUCGCCGAGGAGGAGGAUUCGCAGCAAGACAUGACCACGUAUGAAAAACGCAUGGCCGCCCUCCAAGAGGAGAUAGCUGCGUUGGAGGCCGAGAACGUCGCAAAAAAGGAUUGGACGCUCAUGGGUGAGGCAACGUCCCGCUCACGACCACAAAACUCCCUUUUGGAGGAGGAUCUCGAAUAUGAGCGAUUGACGAAGCCCGUGCCCGUCAUCACCGAGGAGGUCGUGCAGAGUCUCGAGGAGCGCAUCAAAGCUCGCAUCACGGAGAGCCAGUUCGACGAUGUUGUUCGGCGGAGACCAGCGGACGAUAAGCCUUUCCUCCCAUCUCGCUUCUUCGAGCUGCAGGACACCAAGUCGAAGCAAUCACUAGCCGAGAUCUACGAGGAUGAGUACACGGCUACGCAGACUGGAGGUGUCGCGGGCGAGGAUAGGGAUGGCAAGCUCAAGAAGGAGCAUGAGGAGAUUGAGAAGCAAUGGGAGUCAAUAUCCGGCAAGUUGGAUGCACUCUGCAACGCUCAUUUCACACCGAAAGCGCCCAAAGCAUCGAUAUCUACUGUCUCGAACGUCGCAGCGGCGUCGAUGGAAUCCGCGCUGCCGACGACCAUGUCUGCCUCCUCUAUGCUUGCGCCGGAGGAAGUCUUUGCUCCUCCCUCCGCGGACGACCUUCGUGCGAAGACUGAGCUUACACCCGCUCAGAAGCGCGCCCUGCACAAUAAGCAGAAGAAGGCGAAGAGAAAGGCCCGCGACGCACUUGAGAAGAAGGUGGAUAAGUUUGCGCAGUCUAGGAGGCUAGGCAAUGUGAAGAAGCAAAAAGAAGCCGCGCUGAAAAGCGUGGUGAAGAGUGGCAAGGGUGUCACCGUGGUUGGAAAGCAGGCCAAGGAUAUCACUGGCAAACGAGCCCGGACGAAGUCAUAGCUGUAUCGUCGAUCUCUCCUUAUGUACUAACGUGUUGCUGUUGUGGAUGAUCUGCGCCUGUGUAGCUGUGGCUGUACUCGUAUUAGCCUGCAGUCGCAAUGCAUUUGUUUUGGAGGCCGCUGUGCAACUAUCG